GAGAGAGAGAGAGAGAGAGAGAGAGAGAGUCUCUCGUUGGUUGAGGGAGCAAACUGAAGUAUCACAUCCCGGCACCGGCUGCUCCAGAAGCUGGGAAGGCGAUGCAUGAAGGGCUCAGGAUGCUCGUGGACGCUCCUCCAUCCUCCUCGUGCCAAGCCAUGCUCGCUUCGUUAAACACGGAUCCAGCGCGCACCCCCAGCCGCUCCUAGUCCCCGCAGGCACGCCUGAACAUGUAUCAUCGCCCGUGGCGCGCGCCUGUCCCGCUGCUUCUCGCGCUGCUCCUACUGCUGCUGCCGGCGGCGCUCUUUUCCUCCCCGCGCGCGUUCGCAAGCCUCCACGAGCGUUCGGCGGUGCCGCGCGCCGUGGCGCGCUCCGUGGCCCGCAUGGACGGCGACGUGAUCAUCGGCGCGCUCUUCUCCGUGCACCACCAGCCGUCGGCCGAGCGCGUAGCCGAGCGGAAGUGCGGCGACGUGCGCGAGCAGUACGGCAUCCAGCGCGUGGAGGCCAUGUUCCACACGCUGGACCGCAUCAACGCCGACCCGAACCUGCUGCCCAACAUCAGCCUGGGCUGCGAGAUCCGGGACUCGUGCUGGCACUCGUCUGUGGCGCUCGAGCAGAGCAUCGAGUUCAUCCGCGACUCGCUCAUCUCCAUCCGGGACGACUCCAAAGAGGGCGCCAAGUGGUGCGUGGACGGAACGCCCUCCAGCCACCCGCCGCCCACAAAGAAACCCAUCGCGGGGGUCAUCGGGCCCGGCUCCAGCUCCGUGGCCAUCCAGGUGCAGAACCUCCUGCAGCUCUUCAACAUCCCGCAGAUCGCCUACUCGGCCACCAGCAUUGACCUCAGCGACAAGACCCUCUUCAAGUAUUUCCUGCGGGUCGUGCCCUCAGACACGCUGCAGGCGCGAGCCAUGCUGGACAUCGUGAAACACUACAACUGGACUUACGUGUCCGCCGUGCACACAGAGGGCAACUAUGGUGAAAGUGGCAUGGAGGCAUUUAAGGAACUAGCAUCAGAGGAGGGGCUGUGCAUUGCCCACUCUGACAAGAUCUACAGCAAUGCCGGGGAGAAACACUUUGACCGUCUGCUGAGGAAGCUGCGGGAACGCCUGCCCAAGGCCCGUGUGGUGGUCUGCUUCUGCGAGGGCAUGACCGUGCGCAGCCUCUUGAUGGCCAUGCGACGCCGAGGCGUUUCUGGAGAAUUCUUGCUCAUUGGAAGUGAUGGAUGGGCAGAUCGUGAUGAGGUGGUGGAGGGAUAUGAGCAGGAAGCAGAUGGAGGGAUCACUAUGAAGCUGCAGACAGAGGAAGUGAAGUCAUUUAAUGACUAUUUUCUAAAGCUGCGCUUGGACACCAACACCAGGAACCCAUGGUUUGCUGAGUUCUGGCAGUACCGCUUCCAAUGCCGAAUACCAGGGCACCCUCAGGAGAACCUGAACUACCAAAAAAUCUGCACAGGUGACAUAGGAAAUGAAAGCUUGAAGGAUAAUUAUGUCCAGGAUAGUAAAAUGGGGUUUGUGAUCAAUGCCAUCUACGCCAUGGCCCAUGGCCUCCAUGACAUGCACCGGGAUAUGUGUCCAAACCAUGAGGGCCUGUGUGAGGCCAUGGACCCUAUUGACGGCAGCAAGCUCCUGGAAUAUCUGCUCAAGGCUUCCUUCACCGGUGUCUCUGGAGAAGAGGUGUACUUCGAUGAGAAUGGAGACUCUCCUGGCAGGUAUGACAUUAUGAAUCUGCAGUAUGUGGAGGAGCUGGGUCGCUAUGACUACAUUAAUGUGGGCUCAUGGCAUGAGGGUCUCCUGAGCGUCGAUGAUUACAAGCUCAUGACCAAUCGCAGUGAGAUGGUGCGCUCCGUCUGUAGUGAGCCCUGCUCCAAGGGCCAGAUCAAGGUGAUCCGGAAAGGGGAGGUGAGCUGCUGCUGGAUCUGCACUACCUGUAAAGAUAAUGAAUAUGUGCAGGAUGAGUUCACCUGCAAGGCCUGUGAUCUGGGCUGGUGGCCUGAUGAUGAACUAGCAGGGUGUCAGCCUCUUCCUCUUAAAUACCUGGAGUGGAGCAGUGUGGAAUCUAUCGUUGCUGUUGUGUUUUCCUGCCUCGGCAUCCUAGUGACACUGUUUGUCACCUUCAUCUUCAUCCAGUACCGGGACACUCCAGUUGUCAAGUCAUCGAGCCGCGAACUCUGCUACAUCAUCUUGGCGGGCAUCUUCCUGGGCUACAUCUGCCCUUUCACCCUCAUUGCCCGACCCACAGUGAUCUCCUGCUACUUGCAGCGCCUUCUGGUGGGCCUCUCGUCAGCCAUGUGCUACUCGGCCCUGGUCACCAAAACUAACCGCAUUGCCCGCAUCCUUGCCGGCAGCAAGAAAAAAAUCUGCACGCGCAAACCACGCUUCAUGAGUGCCUGGGCGCAGGUGGUCAUCGCCUUCAUCCUCAUCAGUCUGCAGCUGACCCUGGAGAUUACACUGAUUGUGCUGGAACCUCCCGAGCCCAUCAAGAGCUACCCCAGCAUCCGUGAGGUCUACCUCAUCUGUAACACCAGUAACCUAGGCAUGGUGGCACCACUGGGCUACAAUGGCUUGCUCAUCAUGAGCUGCACCUACUACGCCUUCAAGACGCGCAAUGUGCCAGCCAACUUCAACGAGGCCAAGUACAUUGCCUUCACCAUGUACACCACUUGCAUCAUCUGGCUGGCCUUCGUGCCCAUCUACUUCGGCUCCAACUACAAGAUUAUCACCACCUCCUUCUCGGUCAGCCUGAGCGUAACCGUGGCCCUAGGAUGCAUGUUCACGCCCAAGAUGUACAUCAUCAUUGCCAAGCCAGAGCGCAACGUGCGCAGCGCUUUCACAACAUCAGACGUGGUGCGCAUGCACGUGGGUGAUGGCAAGGCAGCUGCUGCGGCCUGCCAGAGCAACAGCUUCCUCAAUAUGUUCCGCAGGAAGAAGAACAACGCCACCAGCAGCACUAAUCCUAAUGGAAAGUCUGUGUCAUGGUCUGAAUCAGGUGCCCGGCCCCAGGGGAGGGGGUCGAGUGUGUUCCACAGACUGUCUGUGCAUGUGAGGAGGCAAGCAGUCGGCCAGAGUCAGACGGCGGUCAUACGACCCCUAACUAAUGCCUCGCAAGCCCCCCACCCCGAGUACCACCCUGGCCUCAACACAGACCGCAAUGGCUCGCAACCUGACGACAAGGCUCUCUACAACCUCAAUGAGGAGGACGACGAAGGAGGCCGCUGCCCACAGAACCUAAACAGAACAGCCCAGGACGGAAGGGAACCAGCCUUUUAUUCACCUGCUCACCUGAUGGACCACACCACUGACCAUCUAGAAGGGGGACGGGUAGAUACACUAAGCUCUAAUGUUACCGCUUUUGAAGAAAUAGUAACUGCUGGCAGAGUGAGUCCUGCCUAUAACCCGUUAGUCAGUCAGCUACCUCUGCCCUUGCAGGGUGAGAUGUUGUCUGAGGAGGGUUCUGAAAUGGAGGCUCUCGACCUCAUUCAUGGCUUUCUUUAUGACAGUGCUGUACAAGAGGAGGAGGAGGAAGAGGAAGGUGGAGAGGAAGAGUUAGCACAGAGCAAGCUCACUCUCCUAACUCCACCCUCGCCCUUCAGGGACUCGCUACGAUCAGGUGGGUCCAUCCCAGGAUCUCCCGCCUCUGACAACAAUCCAAAUGCUCCCCAAGAAGUGACCUACGCUCCCAAACAGAGCUCUUUUACACUGUGAGAGCAGGUGCUCAGGACAUAGGAACCGGGCGGCUCCCACUUCUCUGCUUUGUCUUCUACUUACUGAUUUAUCUUUUAAUCACCACAGGAUAGUAAGCGCUUGCUUAUUUGAUUUUCUCAACAAGAUACUUGUCACGAAUAUGACAUUUUGAAGAGGCAAGAAAGACUACAAAGGCAAACAAAUGGAAUAUCCGGUUGGGAUUAUUUUUCUCAAAGGUAGUUCUAGCAGCCUCUGUUUUCUGGUAUUUGGAAACUUGGAGCGCCAAUAACACGAUAUUGUUGCUGUGCCAAAACCCACUGGCCAACAUUGCAUAACUAAGAGAUUACAGACUAAGAGUCCAAAUACCACUUUGCUGCUUCAGUAUAUCACUGUCUGUGUGAAUAUGGACAAAAGGAGAAACUCUUGGGACUAUGCUAUGUGCUUACAGACUAUGUAGCUUGGCGUCAUUGUGAUUAACUUUGCUGGAAAAUAAUAUCAUUCAUGAAGAUUUUUGCAUUCUCAGUGCAAACAUAUGCAUAGACAUACAGUGCACAAAAUUGUGUAGACAUGUGAAGCAGAUAAAGGUGCGCACACAAACACACACACACACACACAAA